CUAUAGAGAGCUACUUCCUGCUUGGUUCAGAGUCAGCCUAUCACGCAGCAUGGAGGAUUCUCGAGGAAAGAUAUGGAAAUCCAUUCCUCAUAGCCAAAGCAUUCAGAGAUAAGCUGGAGGCAUGGCCCAAGAUAAGCUCCGAAGGCAGUAUCGAACUUCAAGAGUUCGCUGAUUUUCUUCGGAGCUGUGAGGCUGCUAUGACUCAGAUCAGAGGCCUCGAAGUACUUAAUGACUGCAAUGAGAACCAGAAGUUACUUGCAAAGCUUCCAGACUGGCUGACCUCGAGAUGGAACAGAAAGGUCAUAGAAGUGGAGGAAGAAAGUCACACAUUCCCAAGCUUCCAGCAGUUUGUAAAGUUUCUCACACGUGAAGCUAAGAUUGCAAAUAACCCAAUAACAUCUCUCCAUGCUCUGAAACCUGCUGAAGGUGAGCAGAUCAAGGUUUUAAAGAACAGAGCUCUCGGAGCAAAGGUACUAGCAACUAACUCAGAUGAAAAAGCUUCCUCCACAAGCUGUGUUUUUUGUGAGAAGUCAAGUCACAGUCUACACAAGUGUUGGAAAUUUAUGAAUAAAACCAUCUCUGAGCGAGUCAAGUUUGUUCAAGGGAUGAAGUUGUGCUUUGGCUGUCUGAAGCCUGGCCAUCGCUCAAAGGAGUGUGAAAAUAGAAGGAUCUGUGAUACUUGUGAGAAAGGACAUCCAACCUGCCUACACGAUAAUCGCAGCAAAGAAAGAGGAAUGUCAACAAGGACUGAUGGAGAAAUGGAGAGUGACAAGUCAAGAGAAGGAACGACAGAUCGUUCACAAGAGAGGGUGACAAAACCACCAUGCGAGGUAACAUCUAACAGAGUUAUCCAGAAUGUUAAAGGCACCCAUACAUCCUCAGCCAUUCCUGUGUGGUUGUCCACUACAAGUAAGCCAAAUCAUGAAGUUCUUGUGUACGCUCUUCUCGAUACACAGAGUGACACGACCUUCAUCCUUGAAGAGACGGCAAAGGUUCUUCACACUAAAAAUGAACCAGUCCAGUUAAAGCUCUCCACAAUGUCUUCAAGAAAUACAGUGGUGCCUAGCAGAAGGCUGACUGAUCUACAAAUAAGAGGAUUCUACUCCGAUAAGAUAAUCUACCUGCCAGUAACUUACUCAAGAGAAUUCAUCCCUGCAAACAGAGAUCAUAUUCCCACACCAGAGACUGCCAAGGCAUGGUCUCAUCUUGAGCACAUCACAGAUGAAAUUGCUCCUCUGCAGAGCUGUGACAUCGGCCUACUAAUUGGCUACAACUGUCCUCAAGCUCUUGUACCAAGACAAGUGGUUGCUGGAGAAGAAAAUGAGCCCUUUGCUCAGAGAACAGACUUGGGUUGGAGUGUAGUCGGCUAUGGCAACCCAUGUCUUGACUUUGGAGAUGCCUUUGGAAUAAGCCAUCAAGUCAUUGUGAAGCAAGUGACAUCAGUUCUUCCAAAUCUCCCAAACGAAGUGCACUAUGUCUGUAGAACACAGAUCAAAGAAGUAGUCCUUCCAACAGACGUCAUCAAGGUGUUGGAAUCUGAUUUUGUAGAAAGAGCUUCAGAAGACAACCCAGCUGACCACGCCUCAAGGGGUGUCACAGCAGAACAACUCACAGCUUCUAACUGGUUCACGGGUCCAGACCUUCUUUGGCAAAAAGAGCUACCAACUGGAGUUGUCAUGGUGGGAGAGAUUGAGAGCAGUGACCCAGAGGUCAAGAAAGCUCAGGUUCAUGACACUCAGGCAGAAGAAGCAAAAACAAUUUUAGAUCGUCUACACAAGUUCUCAGACUGGGCAAGAAUGGUGAAGGCUGUUGCCAGACUCAAGCGCCGUGCUAAGGAAAUCAAAGGUCUCAAGCCAAAGUCCUGUGAGGCCUCGAACUUGGAGGAAAGGAAAGAGGCGGAGCUGACCAUAAUCAAGAUGGUCCAGGAAGCAACUCUCUCUCAAGAAAUUCAACGCCUUAGACAUCAUAAGGAGACAAAGGUCAAAGACAAAGCCAACCAGUUGCACAAACUAUGUCCGUUCCUGGAUGAUCAAGGUGUAAUCAGAGUAGGAGGCCGCUUAGCUAAUGCUGCCCUACAUCCACAUGUGAGGCAUCCAGCAGUACUUCCUAGAGACAGUCAUGUUUCUGCAUUGCUCGUCAAGCACUAUCAUGAGAGAGUGUACCAAAGAUCGCAGAAAUGCAAAGGUCGGUGACAUUGUUCUGUUACAAGAUGCUGCCACACCACGAAACCAAUGGAAGCUAGCAAGAGUCAUCGAGGUCUAUCCUGGAAGUGAUGAAAGAGUGAGGAGACUCAAGUUACUCAUCAGUGACUCCUCCCUGGAUGGAAGAGGAAAGCGUACAGCCAAACCUGUUUACCUGGAGAGACCCAUUCAGAAAACAGUUACAUUGCUAGAAGCAGACUGAUGGUUCUAUCAUACACUCACACACAGUUUAUUAGUUGUUUAUUAGGACAGAGUUUCAUUUUAUUUAUUCAUGCAGUAGGUUUGUCUCCAAGUUUUAAGAAAUCACUUGUGAUUUGGUGGGAGUGUAACUGCCUCUGUCGCCAGUUUAUUUCAUGUAUUUGCACUUUUUAUUAUUUAAUUUCUUCUGAAUUGUACGUUUACAGCAAGACGGAACUAAUUAUUGGUUCCGCCCGAGUGUUGUCACCCGAGCGCCUUUAGCG